AUGAACGAUUUAAUAUCCAACUUGCUUGCCAUCACGCAUUUCUUCACCGGCCUGUCGGAAGCUGCAAUCCCGGAAACGGUAACGCAGAAGAAUGAUUUUGUCUCUAAACAACUACCGAGCAAUGACGAAGGCGAUGCUGCCUCUUCUCAGCCAAUAACUAAAGCGACCCCAAAAUCGCCCUCAGUUGGUUCAACUAAAAACUUUCAGGCUAUUGUAACAUCCUCCUCCGGCAAGAAGCGGUACGUUUACGACUGCAAGCAAACGUACCGGAAGCAGCUCGUCGAAUGUGCAAUUUGUCACAAAAAGCUACCCAAAACACGCCUCGACGGUCACCGCAAUGUGCAUCUCGGACUACGACCAUGGAACUGUGAGCGAGGAUGUGAGCAGCGUUUUCACUGCAAGCAACUGCUCCUGCAUCACUACAGGAAUGUCCACAAUGGGGAAGCACAUUGUUGCGAUGUUUGUGGAAAGGUGUUACGCUCAAAACGUAGCCUCGGAUACCAUAUGAAGGAUAGCCAUGGGGAAAAGACACAUCCGUGCAGCUUUUGUGGUCAGCUUUUUGUUUCUAAUGCUCGUCUUAAUCAACACCUGAAGUACCAUCGCGGCGAACGAAUGUAUCCUUGCGAGCAAUGCAAAAAAUCAUUCUUUUCCAACAACGAUCUAAAGAAACAUUUAGCUUCACAUGACUCUCUACGACCAGCGGACAUCUUGGCAUAAGAUCGUAAAUAGUAAAAUAGCUCAUGCGCUAAAUUAUUGCUUUCAGAGAUAAUGUUUUUGAUAGUAAAAAAAAAAGAAAUGACACACGAUCUCUUUAGUGCCUUGCUUCGCAAACAUGAUAGGAGUAGUUUCAUUUAAAAAUAAAUCUCAAACGAAGCAGCUAGAACCUCAGAACCGCACAAUCGUCGCAAAUUCCUGCCCUUCCAGAAUCGUCCAGACAUUGUCGAGUAGUGGACGCACGCGGUAGUCAACAAAUUGUGGAAAACAUUAUCAACUGAAUCAACCGCAAACUCGACAACAACUAGGUGUAGUGGAUUGGCUUGAUUUCCCCUAGCAGGCACAAGAACGAAUCCAUCAUCCUGUCGAUUAGCGUCUCGUUAGUCAUCUUGUUGACCUAUAUAACCAUGUACAACGGCGGGGUCAAGUGAUAAGGAACGACCUGUACCAUGACCGAAUGUAAAGCCAGAGUCGUACACUAUCGGUGAAUGCCAUCGGACAUUUUUGGAAAGGGAUGGCAUCAUCGUACGGACCGUUACGAUCGUGCCUAACAGCAUCCUGGUGACAAAAUUCGUUAUUUAUGCGUCGAUUCUGCUCGCUAUUAUGACGCCAAUGCUCGAUCCGUAUCACGAUGGAGUUUUUAUUAUUUUAUUUAAAAAAAAAACGGAAACUGAUUAAGGUCUUAUCGAUAAGAUUGGUUAUUGUUCAAACAAUGUUCCAUAGGAGUUCUAUUCAAAAAUCACAAAAAUAUACAAUUUUUGGUUGCAUAUUGGAGUUCUGCCCUAAGUAGAGCUACUACCAAUACUGAAAUAAAAGCUUAAAAUUUGUUACAAA